ACACAAGCCGUUGGGCUGCCGGAAUUGAGCGGUCAGUUGAUUUCACGCCGCCGCCGAGAGUGGACGCGGUUUUCGCCAGUGCUUCUGAAGCUACAAAAUUCGCGUCGCCUUAUCCUCGUUGCCGGGAAUAAUAUUAAAUCGCAAUCCCCAAAGCCAAUCGCGUCGUCGAGGAAGAAGUCAACGCGAUCAAAACAAAACGGGUAAUAUAUCUGCAAUCACACGCCAGGCGUUUGUGUAGAUUGUAACAAAAACAAAAAAUAAACAACAAUAUUCGAGAGAAAAACAAAAAAUAACUGAGUAAAAAAUAUAUAAAUAAAUAACAGCAACCAUCCCCAUUCCAAUUCCGACUUUGGUGCGGUAGGUAAUGACACAUUCGGAAAUCGGGGCACGUAUCUAGACAGCAUAAGUAUCUAUCUAGAACCGAGUCCAGACCCACCCAUCCAGUCCCACUCCGCCACCAACGACGCCGAAUUAGAAUAUAUAAUAAUAUAUGUGUUUUUGAGAGUGGCAUUAAAUAACGAUUAGACGAGCCAUUCCAAAUCCGUCAUGGAACAGUCGAGGAAUCUUCUGUCAAAACAAUCCAAAGAUGUGGAGUUUCAAGACGUCUUCUAUACCGUCAAGGAACGCAAAAACUUUUUUCGCGUCACCGGAGAACGUCAAAUACUGAAGGGAGUCAGCGGCAGUUUCCGGAACGGACAACUCUCGGCCAUCAUGGGACCCUCGGGAGCCGGAAAAAGCAGUUUGCUGAACGCGAUUUCGGGAUUCAGGCGAGAAGGGGUUACUGGAAGCAUCAAGAUCAAGCGGGACAAUGCCUGCUAUAUAACGCAGGACGAUCACCACCAGACCCUCCUCACCGUCGAGGAGCUGAUGAACCUGGCCGCCGAUCUCAAGCUCAAACAUCGCCACAAAAAGGCCGAAGUCGUCACAGACAUCCUCGAGAAUCUUCAUCUCAACCACAGGCGCAAUGUUACCGCGGAGAAACUGAGUGGCGGGGAACGGAAGCGACUGUCGAUUGCUCUGGAAUUGAUCGACAACCCGAACAUAUUCUUUUUGGACGAACCGACCAGCGGACUGGACGAGGUGACGGCGGCCCAGUGCAUCCGGCUGCUGAGGGAAAUGGCCCACGAAGGACGCACCAUAGUCUGCACCAUCCACCAGCCCUCGGCCACCAUAUACAACUACUUCGAUAGCAUCUAUGUCCUGGCCAAGGGUAACUGCGUCUAUCAGGGCAGUCCGAAGGCCACCAUUCCCUUCCUGCGUCUGGCCAGGAUUGACUGCCCCAGACACUACAGCCCCUCGGAUUACAUCAUCGAGCUGGUAGACGCGGAGGAGGGGCAUUUGGUGCCGACUCUCAGUGAUCUAACCGAGAAUGGCAAGCUCUUCUAUAUGGCCACACAAUCCGAUUAUUUGGAGGCACCUCUGGAGACUCAGCAAGCGGUUACCACCAUGUUUGUGGAGCAGCCGAAGCGUCCGUUCUUGCCAGCCUUCUUUGCCGGAAGUGCCGCCUCCACGGACGGCACCCUGAUCGGAGGCACCAGUGCCCUAUUGGAGCAGGUGAAGGCCUUUUCGCGGCGCCUUCACACGGAUCGACGUGGCAUUUCCGGAGUGCGGCAGUUUGUGGUCCUGAUGCGGGUGAUGCUUCUGCGGAUAAUGAGAGCUCGUCUGGCUCUGACCAUCCAGUUCUUCCACCACCUGUUGUGCGGCCUCUUCUUUGGCAUGAUCUUCUACAAGCUGGGAAACCAGGGAAGCCGCAUGUUCGACCAUCUCAAGUUCUGCAUUGGCGCCGUUCUCAUGAUCGUUUACACCCAGGUGAUGGUGCCUAUUCUGAGCUAUCCCGCUGAGGUUAAGGUGGUCAAGAAGGAGACCUUCAACCGCUGGUACACCCUUACACCCUACUACAUGGCUCUGACCGUGUCCCGGCUGCCGGUACAAGUCCUGCUGAACAUCACCUUCAUGGCGGUCACCUACUGGAUGUCCGGCCUGCCGGACCAGCUCUGGCGCUUUGGUAUCUUUGUGGCUGUCGGCCUGAUGAUCUCCCUGGUGGCCGAGGGUAUGGGCCUGGCCAUUGGUGCCACAUUCAGCAUAACGAAUGGCAGUGUGGUGGGUCCGAUGAUUAUAGCACCACUGAUGGGUCUGGCGGUGUAUGGUUUCGAUUUUGCGCCACAGAUCACCGCCGGCAUGCAGAUCCUGAUGAAGUUCAGCUACAUCCGGGUGGGCGUGGUGUCGCUGGUCUUGACCGUUUUCGGAUUCCAGCGGGAAGAGCUGGAUUGCGACGAGAUCUACUGCCAUUUCAGUGAUCCACGAGUGCUGCUCAAAUUCCUGGACGUGGAAAAGGUGUCCAUGCUGCACCAGUUCGGUCUGCUGGCCAUGCUGAUGCUCUUCUUCCGGGUGAUAAUGUACAUCAGCCUGCGGAAACGAUGCUAUACAUGAGCAACAUCUGUCCCGCAGAUACUCCAAAUGAAUCUUACUCUCCAUAGUUUUAGGCAAUGCUGUGAUGUUCUAUUUUUUAUCAGACGUAUGUAUGGAUACUCCCCGUGUACAUAAGCAUCAUUCCCCUGGCAGUACAGGAACUCCGUUAAAAUAGAUCUAAGGCUAGGAUCUAAGUUAGGAUUAAGUUCAAGGCACAAACCAUCAACGAGCUCCAGUCCAGGACAUAUCAGGGCACCCCCCUUUGGAUAAACCCCAUUUCUAGAGAAAAGUAUUUCAAAAUUCAAAAUUCCGAAAUGGAAUCGAUAAUCUUCCUUAAGGAGCCAGCACAUUUUAUAAAGUUUUCGUGGUAAAAGUGAUUUAAUUCGAAUAAUAUCUAUAAAAAAUAAAGCCAAAACUCGUCUAUUCGA